UCUCUCUCUCUCUCUCUCUCUCUCUAGGAGUAUGUAUAUUAUGCAUUAAUGUAAAUAGCUUUUGGAGGGUCCAUUUUGCUGCUUCUUCAUUGGUGUUUUGCAUUUCAUUUAUUUAAUUAAAUAAUUAAAUAAUUAAUAAAUAAUAUGUUAGGCUCAUUUGGGGGUUCUUCCUCUCAUGAGGUGGAUGUUGAUGUGGAUGCGGAUCAAGACAAUUCCUCACCGCCAAAUGCCUAUCUCCACCACCACCGCCACCAGAUUCAGCCCCGGAGUAAUUUCGCCGCCUCACCCUCACUUCAGAUGCGGCAGCUUCUCAUAAGCUGCGCCGAACUAAUCUCCCGCUCCGAUCUCUCCGCCGCCCACCGCCUCAUCUCCAUCCUCUCAUCUAACUCCUCACCGUACGGCGACUCCACCGAGAGAUUAGUCCACCAGUUCACCAGAGCCCUCUCCCUCCGCCUCACCCGCUACACCACCGCCGCCGCCGCAUCCACCAGUAUCAUCAGUACCACCAUCGCCGGCCGAGACGACGCUCUUGUUCAAUCCUCGUACUUGUCGUUGAACCAAGUGACACCGUACAUUAGGUUUAGCCAGCUGACGGCGAACCAGGCCAUACUGGAAGCCAUCGACGGGGCCCACCACGCCAUCCACAUCCUCGAUUUCGACAUCAUGCACGGCGUCCAGUGGCCGCCGCUCAUGCAGGCGGUGGCCGAGCGCUACCCUCUCCCCACCCUCCGCAUCACCGGCACCGGCUCCGACCUCGAAAUCCUCCGUCGCACCGGCGACCGCCUGGCCAAGUUCGCCCACUCCCUCGGCCUCAGAUUCCAGUUCCACCCACUCAUACUCCUCCCCGGCGAAGACCCCAUCUCCGUCGCCUCGUCGGUGCUCCUCCUCCCCGACGAAACCCUCGCCGUCAACUGCGUCCACUACCUCCACCGCCUACUCAGGGACCGCGACCGCCUCGCCCUCUUCCUCCACCGCAUCAAAGCCAUGUCCCCCAGGGUUGUCACGGUGGCCGAGAGAGAGGCCAACCACAACCACCCCAUCUUCCAGCAGCGGUUCCUGGAGGCCGUCGACCACUACGCGGCGGUGUUCGAUUCCCUCGAAGCCACCCUCCCCCCCAACAGCCGGGAGCGGCUGGCGGUGGAGCAGAUAUGGUUCGGGAGGGAGAUCGCCGACAUAGUGGCGGCGGAGGGAGAAAGCCGGCGGGAGAGGCACGAGAGAUUCAGAUCGUGGGAGGUGAUGCUGAGAAGCACCGGAUUCGGGAAUAUUCCGUUGAGCCCAUUCCAUUACCCUUCUGAAGGUUAUCACGCUUCAUAUCAUCAAUGAUUCUUUCUUCUUAGGGUGGCAGAAUCAUCCCCUUUUCUCUGUCUCCUCUUGGCAUUAAUUAAUUAAUUAUUAAAUA